GCUUCCUAAUUUCUUUAGUAAUUUAAUUUAAUUUAACUAGUUAACAUCGUCUAAUUGUUCUUGUAUUACGCUUGUGAACACCCCUGGACACCAGUACAUAUUUACAAUUGUUAAUAAUUUCCUUUAUUAUUAAAAAAAUGGCAUCAUCUUCUCAACCUCCUCCAAUUCCUGAAUCUCAACUUACAGGAUUGGAAUUAACUAAGAAAAUUUUGGAAUCCUUUCUCAAACUUAUGACCAAGAAUAAGGUUGACCCUGCGAAAAUUACUGCCAUUGAGGCCCCUCAAAGAAAAAUCAUGUUAAAAAACAUUUUGGACAUCUCAGAAAACACGCCGGUUUUCUCACUUCUUGCAGAUGAAAGAAAACAGAAAAAGAUAUAUCACAUUAUCAAGGCUAUUUUGGCAGAAUCCGAUAAGGAAGAUGAAGAUUAUAAGGAUAUUGAGUCCCGUUUUACUCAACUAUUAUUGGAUAGAAAACAAGGUACGACAUCAAACAAAAGGAAACCGGCCAACCAAGGCGGUUUCAUGACAGCAGCACAAUUCAACUCCUGUUUGAAAAUUCAAAAAACAUUCCACACAAUCAGUGACAAAGAAAUUCCUUCUAACUGGAUUAAGAUCACCUCGACUCUGAGAGAGCCAAUCGUUUUUAUUGAUGCCAAGGAUGAGGAGGAAGCUAAAAAGAUUAAAGAAAAAAUUGAAUUCAAUAAAAAUGAAUUAAAAAUCUCGGCGGAGAUCACGAAUGUACGUGCAAGUGGGGACCGUGUGAUCACUAAGCUUACAAAUUCAACCCAGGAGACCAUCUUCAUUCAAGAAAUUAAAGAACUCCUAGGCGAGAUCAAUAUCUAUCCUCCGAGCCUUCGUGACCCUAUGAUAAUGCUUUAUAAAAUUCCCGCCAUGGUUAAUACUGAUGAAUUUAUAGCAGAUUUGAGAAAGUUCAACAACUUUAACUCUGACGAUAAGAUUAUCUUUCAUAAAAGCUUUAAUAUUUUGUUCAAUGCUUACAAAAAUAUCAUUCUCAGAGUCUCCCCAGCCAUCAGAGAGGAACUUGAGAGAAAGAGAGGAUCACUGCUGUACAAAUGUUCGACUAUUAAAGCUGCUGACUAUUUUGGCAUUCUGAGGUGUACUCGGUGUUUACGAUAUGGUCAUUUGAAAACCGUUUGCGGGUCACAGUCUAUUUGCAAAUAUUGUGCUGACUUUCACCUCUCUGAUGACUGCCAACACAAAUUGAACUCAAUUAAAUUCAAAUGUGCGUCAUGUAACCAAGCUGGUCACACUGCUGAUGAUAAGAAAAACUGUCCUGAGUAUUUGAAACAGCUUAAUCAUGUUGUUUCAAUUACUAAUUACGCAUAUUCAUAUGUCAUUCAAGAUUAACUCAACAACAUUACUCCUUUGGCUUAUAGCGAGAAAUAGUUCCAUAAAACUCCUUUUUCCUUCAAGUUUCCCUACUUUGUUAAUUAAUUAAAAACACUAUUAAACAAACAACUAACUCGCUAGUUAAUCCCUACUAUAUAUUUCUUCUUGUUAUUGGUUAACCUCUUUCACUUUAUAUUUGCCUUACCAUCCAUUGUUG